CGUCGGUGCUGUCGGACGUACAGAGCCUCCCGCAGUCGUGCACCAUGUUCCUCCUCACGCUAGGACUCUAUUUACCGCUCCUGCUCCACGAUGCCUCGCCACACUCCUUCAUGGGCGACGCUUUCCUCCCGGCAGGUCUAACUGCGCUGGAACCCAAGAAAUUCAACCCCUGCUGUUUACUGGCUCCACCGCCGCCCCUGUUCCCGCCGCCCCCCUCGCUGUGGCAAAAGUCUCUGAUUAAUAAUCCUGAUCUGUGGAACAAUAAGGACACGGGGGAGGAUGGUGAUAAAUCGUGGUGCUCUACCCGCUGUGUGGGGGCACCGGGACCGGUCGGCCCUGCAGGACCUCAGGGUCCUCCAGGAUUACCAGGACCCAUGGGACCAAAGGGUGAAAAGGGAGAAAUUGGGCGACCCGGACAGAAGGGACGCACUGGCCCUCCUGGCCUCCCAGGGCGACAUGGACCAAAUGGACAUCCAGGACAAAGCGGGCCCAAAGGAGAGAAAGGAGACCCAGGACUGAUGGGUUUGCCUGGAGCAAGGGGACCAAUGGGAUCCAAGGGUUUGUCUGGAUACAAGGGAGAAAAGGGCUCACGGGGUGAUAUAGGUGACGUUGGCCAGAAGGGUGACAAGGGCACAAUGGGUCUGCCAGGAAUGCUCGGGCAGAAGGGUGAAAUGGGCCCAAAAGGAGAGCCAGGAGCCUCAGGGAGCAGGGGACCCACCGGCCGACCAGGAAAAAGAGGCAAACAGGGUCAGAAGGGAGAUAUUGGUCAUAUGGGACCAAUGGGACCUGCAGGCCCCCAGGGUAACCCUGGUCAUCCUGGUCCUCCUGGUUUACCAGCUUCAGGGCUUUACAUGGUGGGUUCCAAAGGAGAAAAGGGUGAACAGGGUAACCCGGGUCACUGCGACUGCAACUCUCUUACACGCAACCCAAAGUUUGACCACUCAUUCAGAAGCAACAGCUACCCCCGGGUACCAGCGAUCUUUGUGGUGAAUAACGAACAGGAGCUGAAGCGUCUCCACACGGACAACGCGCUGGCCUUCCGCAAAGACCAAAGGACUCUUUACUUCAAGGACAUCGAUGGAUGGUUGCCCAUUCAGCUGACGCCGUUCCAGUCGAUGGAGCACGCUCCAGACCAGGAGGGUUUCUGCGGGGAUGGUCUGGUGCAGGUCGAGAAUAGAGAGGAGUGCGAUGAUGGAAACAAGGUGGUCACCGACGGCUGCGUCAAAUGUAAGCUCGCCUACUGCGGAGACGGGUAUCGCUACGAAGGUGCCGAGGAGUGCGACGGAAAAGAUUUUGGAUAUCAGACCUGCCAAUCAUAUCUGCCCGGGUCUUUCGGACACCUCAAGUGCACGUCCGACUGUUUCAUCGACUCCACAAACUGCAAGUAUUUCACUUGAGGAGACGGGAACCGAGAACGGAACCCCACACCGUGUGUGUGAGCAGCAGGGAACAAGAGACACUUCACACAACCGGACGAUGAAAAUACGCUCGAUGGGGGGGAACAUUAGGAACAGGAACGUGUAUAUAUAGAUAUAUAUCAUACUGGUUUGCUGCAGCGCUGCUGAGAAGAAGCCACGUAGCUCACCGGAGCCCUCGGCUCAGUCUUCAGUCACGGCAAACGUACAGGACCCAUCAGGACCCGUCAGGACCCGUCAGGACCCAUCGCUCCGUCUUAAAAUAAACCUCAGUCAGGACUUCAGAUACUGUUCCGUUCAGCCGGUUCUCCGGACGGCUCUCUGUGAAUCUGGACGCCCACAAAAGGCCAGCCCGGAUCCCGGAUUCAGCUCGAUACCUCAACGUACACGUAUACCUUUCCACGCCAUUCCCAGGGUGCUAUGUGUGGGCUGCUAUGUGACGUAUUUAGCAUUUUGCAUGAAGCCGAGUUGGAGUAGGUGCUAGAAAAUGGGCCACAGUGGAAUGUAUGUAUUUAAGGCAAAAAAGCCGCUCUGUACAUAGGCUACGCAACGCUCAGUUCAGACUCUCGUUGACUAGUACAAUGGAGAGACGUUUACAGGUGCUUCUGUGUCAUUUCAGUCCCAGUCUUCUUGUGUAGACGCCUUGAUAUGUCUCAAAGCCAAGACAUCCAAGGGUCUGCAAGGUUAGAAAAUAAAGCAUCAGCGCAUCGAUGGUUAGUUUUGAAUCCUGUAUGAUCACUUUUACCUCAGAACCUCAACCAAUCAUCUCAUCAUCUAGAUCCGUUCCACUUGACGAAACAAGGCUUACAUAUUUCAGCAUUCUUAAGAUAAUUCUGAUAGCAUUGUGAUUGCUUUGUGUCCGCUGUGUACAACUGAAGGUCAGAAGUUUGCGUACACCAAAAUUGCAGACUUGGGAUUCCAAUGAUUGGUGCUGGUAGAGCAGUGUUUUGGAAAUUUGGUGGUCUUUUAUCUUGACAUGGUCUUUAGGUUCCUUGUAAGUGGGCUUGAUAUGAGGAAAGCAACUUUCGUGAUGAGCAACAGACCGUCAGUUAAAAUUUAAGGUACCGUUCUGGUUUUGGAGCUUCGCAGCAAACUAAGCUAAGUGCAAUGGACGUUCGACUUCAUCUGUAUAUAAUGUAAAUGCUUCAAAACCUGAUAGAAAAAACCCGAUCCAACCCUUACCCUUCUCUUCUCGACCCUAACCCUUCAGUUCUCAAACGUAACCCUUCAGUUCUCAACCCUAACCCUUCAGUUCUCAACCGUAACCCUUCAGUUCUCAACCGUAACCCUUCAGUUCUCAACCCUAACCCUUCAGUUCUCAACCCUAACCCUUCAGUUCUCAACCCUAACCCUUUAGUUCUCAACCGUAACCCUUCAGUUCUCAACCGUAACCCUUCUCUUCUCGACCCUAACCCUUCAGUUCUCAAACGUAACCCUUCAGUUCUCAACCCUAACCCUUCAGUUCUCAACCGUAACCCUUCAGUUCUCAACCGUAACCCUUCAGUUCUCAACCGUAACCCUUCAGUUCACAACCGUAACCCUUCAGUUCUCAACCAUAACCCUUCAGUUCUCAACCGUAACCCUUCAGUUCUCAACAGUAACCCUUCAGUUCUCAAUCGUAACCCUUCAGUUCUCAAUCGUAACCCUUCAGUUCUCAACCGUAACCCUUCAGUUCUCAACCGUAACCCUUCAGUUCUCAACCGUAACCCUUCAGUUCUCAACCGUAACCCUUCAGUUCUCAAUCGUAACCCUUCAGUUCUCAACCGUAACCCUUCAGUUCUCAACCCUAACCCUUCAGUUCUCAACCCUAACCCUUCAGUUCUCAACCGUAACCCUUCAGUUCUCAACCCUAACCCUUCAGUUCUCAACCGUAACCCUUCAGUUCUCAACCAUAACCCUUCAGUUCUCAACCCUAACCCUUCAGUUCUCAACCCUAACCCUUCAGUUCUAGACUGUAACCCUUCAGUUCUCAACCCUAACCCUUCAGUUCUAGACUGUAACCCUUCAGUUCUCAACCCUAACCCUUCAGUUCUCAACCCUAACCCUUCAGUUCUAGACUGUAACCCUUCAGUUCUCAACCCUAACCCUUCAGUUCUCAACCCUAACCCUUCAGUUCUCAACCCUAACCCUUCAGUUCUAGACUGUAACCCUUUGCUUUUCGACCCGAAGGUUGUUUAGGGUGGAACCUAAAUGACACAUCACGGCUCUUAAACUGUUAUUAAGGAUUUCUAUACUCAAGCCAUUUUAAUAGAGGAAGUUUAUGCUGCUAUCUAAUAGGCUGACGACUGUUGAAGUAAUGCUAAAAUUAUGCUAAUAAUUAGCCAGUUCUGGAGUUUAGACUCUCUUUGUCAUGUCGCAUGCUUAAUAUGGUUAGGAAACGGCGAUGUAGCUUAUAGAAUAUAUAAUAUUCACAGGUACACGGGUCUGCUGUUCUUGUGUCGUGGCAUCUUCUUAAUGAUUGUUGGAGGUUACACAGUAACAGUAACUGUAUAAAGCUAACGUGUAUGUAUAUAUACGUUUAUAUAUAUAUAUAUAUAUAUAUAUAUAAGAGAAACGUGUUUCGGGUUAGCUGUGGUGCAUUUGCAUGUUGACGUUACAGUUAGUUCAUGUAUGUCUGUAGUCCUUAUUUUUACUAACAUGCGGUGUUUUAGCGCAACGUUUUACGACUGUUAGCCGAGCGGAUCAGGUAUCUAACGGACUGUUAGCGUCUCUUUUUAGCGAUUAUGAGCAGGUAGGUUAUUGCACUAUAACAGAAUUAGCUCGCCGACGCAUGUUGGGAUCUCCUGCAGCCGUAAAUGUUUUGUCCUGUCGUGAUGUAAAAAUUGUUCUUAUGAAAGUCUGGUUGAAUAUAAACCUUGUAAUUAAUAAAUAAAGCUUAUAAAUAUUCA